UAUCAUCAACAAAGACCGUAUAUGAACAUUGUUUAUUUUUGUUGUACAUCCAUGGGUAUAUCAGAAAAGCAAGAUACUGAAAACGUUGUUUUCAUCAAACCUUUGCAGGAGACAACAUGUGUUGAAGGCAAUACAGUGACCUUACAAUGUAUUGUUGGUGGGUCAAAGUUUAUAGCAGAAUGGUUAAAGAAUGAUGAGGAAAUUGUAUACGACCAGAAAAGCAGACAAGAAUGUUUAAGUGAUAUAAUCGAUGGUAUACAUGUCCAGGUCUACAAGCUUGUCAUUUUAGAAUCUACCAAUGAAGAUAGUGGCAUAUAUACACUAAAACUUGGGAGUAAAACAAGCUGUUGUGUCCUAUCAAUCACAGAAAGGAAACCAAGUUUAAUUGAACUACGAAAAUAUCAAGAAGAGCUUGUUGAGAUAGCUGUGUCAGGUCAAAACACUAUUAUUUGUGCUGGAACCAAUGCAGGAAAGACUUAUGUUGCAUAUCAUAUAAUUGAAGACCAUUUAAUCAAAUACCCGAAUGGUAAAGUCGUUUUCAUAAAUAAGACAAAUGUUCUGUUAGAACAGCAAUACAGCAGAGCAUGCAGGACUUUUACAGACCUACAUUUCCAGGGAAAGAUUUAUAAAUGGGACGCAAGUUUAGAGGGCGAAUGUGACUCCUUUCCAACCAUAAUACAACGUGUAUCUUUAUUCUUCUGUACUCCACAAUCACUUUAUAAUCACCUGGACGAAAAGUCGGAAAAUACAAUCUCGAUGGAUCUUCUGACGCUGAUUAUUCUGGACGAAUGUCACCAUGUUGUGCGACGAAAUGCUUUCAAUCAUAUCAUGAAUUACUACAGAAGACACAAGUUUGAAACGAAGUCCGGGAAAAUCCCACAGAUUUUAGGUCUAACUGCCUCACCAGGAACGAAUAGGGCAGACGACGGAUUUUCUGCUGUUCAACAUUUGCAAAGCUUAAUGGCAAACCUAGAUGUUUCUAAGCUGUCAGUUGUCAUAAAACACGAAAAAGAACUGUUAGAAUAUUCAUCAACACCUACAAACGUUCCAAUUUGUUCCACCAAAAGACAACAAGACCCUGUACAAGAUAUUCUUCUCAAAGCCAUACAGGAUGUUGAACGUGUAUUUAGUGAUAGAACAGUGAGUUCAUUUCUUAUGGUAAAUGGAUUGGACACAAAGGCUCUGUUAAACGCCCUAGAAAAUCCACCAAUUAAUAAAAGAGAAAGAAGAUAUGUACAUUGGAUAAAGGAAACACAACGAAAAACAGAAAGUGUAAUGUUAAUCGACGCAGAUUUGCCUCGCCUAAUACACAUUUGCCUAAGACUUUUGGAGGUAUAUUGAUAUUUAUAACAAGCUGGAAUAUGAAGAAAAUUCACAACAUAUCUUUAAAAUGGGAAUAACGAAAAGUCUAAGCACAACUAAUAAAAUUGAAGUAAAAGUAAAUACUGACCAAUUUGAACCUCACCAACAAAAGUAGUGUACCCGGCGCUCU